GAGAGAGGGGAAAAAACGGCUCUCAGCAAAGCAACAAGAAGGAAGAGCAAUGGCGACACUGGAUCGCCAAAUACCAAGUCCGGAUACCUUCCUUUGCGAGCCUUGGUCUUCCUUCGUCAGUGCGGCUAAAUUACGUUUUGUUGACAACGCAGACUCGUCCUUGGAUAACCGCGACAACGAGCUUUACUGCCUCGGCGAAGUCGCGAAGCUCGGCAAGAGAGAGAUGUUUGUCUACAGCCAGUUUCCAGCACUGGAGGAUUUUUCUCUUGUUGUCUGCCAUGUCUGCAAGAAGGUGGUCACUCCUCAGGGCAUACUCGCACACUAUGGUAGCUGGGGUGUAGUUUCCCUGUGAGACAGACAGAGACAGACAGACAGUCCUGGACCACAUCCCCCCAUUCCCUCCCCACCCUGCUCCCACAAAGACAUGCAUAGCAAAAACCAGAAGCGCCACGGCUCCCCCAUCCCCUCCAGGAGCCCCCUGGUUCCUAUGAAGCCCAAAGCACCUGCAGUGGCCCCCGCUGUGGCUCCCAGUCCUGGGGACACGCUGGCCUUCAGGGUCCCUAAAGAUUACCCUCACUCCCGCUUCAGCAAGGCGCCGCUUGCUGUCUAUCCACCAAAGGGGGCACGAAACAAGACAUGCGUAUCGCUUCCAGUCGUAAGCCUAGAGAAGAUGCCCUGCCUCAGUCGAGCUGACUCGGCGUCGCACGUGCGCCUCACCACCUCCUCCUUGUCUUCCUCCCCCUCCCCUUCCUCCCUCAAACCUCCAUCCCUCACUCCCCUAGCCUCCCAACGCUCCAGCGAAAAGCUCAUGAAUGGUCGCGGCAGCAGCGGGCCAUCCACGCCACGCUCCACCACGCCUCCAUCCUCUCUGGACGGGCGGCCCAGUCCGGCGCGCUCUCCGCUGGACAGACAGCCGUCGUCUACACCCUCUCCCUCCCCGCUGGAUCGGAAACCCUCCCCGUCACCUUCGCCCUCUCACCGAUCUGGCGCUGUGUCAUCAUCAUCAUCAUUGUCGUCGCCGCCGCUGGAAAAGAAGCACCAGAAUGGAGCUAAAACGUCCUCCAGGUCACACAAAAGACUCUCAGGGAGAGUGUUUGAUCCUAACAAGCACUGUGGAGUCCAGGACCCAGAGACUAAACGACCCUGCACGCGGUCUCUCACCUGCAAGACUCACUCCUUAACCCACCGCCGAGCCGUCCCCGGCCGAAGGAAAAAUUUCGACAUCCUCCUGGCCGAACACAAGGGGCGGGCGAAGGAGAAGGAGAAGGAGGGAGCAAAGGAGAAAGAGAAAGACAGGGACGGAGCGCUUGGAGGGAAAGAAGGCUGCGGCCACAGUAUCACCUCACAGGAGAGUCCUAGCAAGCCUCAGUGCCCUAACGGACGACCCCUGUCCACGCUGAAGCUUCGGCUGGCAAAUGCGCACAUACCCAGGGUUCCAGGGGGCUCCGCCACCUCCACCUCGAGUCCCGUGCCCCCAGCACCAGUCCCUGGCCUGGCCCCUAACCCAGAGCUGUCCCCGCACCGCUGGGUAACGGCAGCGGGAGAUGGCGGUCGGCUUUCCAGUGACGAGGGAGACGCAGAGACUCCAGAGGACACUGACAGACCUGCUUUUCACUCCUCCAGUCACCACCCACAGCCUUUAGGGUUAUGCGUAUUCAGCAGCAGGCUCAUGGGACGGGGCCACUAUGUGUUCGACAGACGAUGGGAUAGGAUGAGGCUGGCGCUCCAGAGCAUGGUGGAGAAACACCUCAACGCACAGAUGUGGAGGAAGGUGCCUCUUGCUGCUGAGAGCCUCUUCUCCCUCCCCUCCACUGGUACCUCUUCCAUCCCAUCACAGCAGACUCCCUCUCCCACCUCUGUCACUUCUCUUCUCCUCACCUCCCCCUCCAACUCUCUCUCCUACACCGCCACCUUCCCUCAGUCCACGUCCACGGCCGGGGUCUUCAGCGUCCGAGACGCCCAGCAACCCCUCACCCCCAUUUCCGCAUCGGGUAAAGCCCGUAACAGCAACCAUAAAGCCAGCCGCCCAUCCAAAGACACGGAGGACUCUGUAGUAGGAUCUAAGAAGAGAAAAAACUCUUCCUACUUUUCUUCCUCCCUUUCUUCUCCUUCUUCAUUGUUUUCAACUGUGGAUAAUCACAAGAGGAAUGGCAGCAGCUAUGAUCCAACAUUACAAUGUUCAGGGGGGACAGCUGCUUCCCCAGCCAGCAAAAAGGGACUUGGGCGUGGGGGGAGCGGGCUUUGGCGCAGCGGAGAUGACUGGCUAUCUAGAUCUGAGGGGUCUCAAAGCCACAACUCACAGAGCAGUCGCAGCCUUGGCACCACCAGUAUACCCUACUCCCCCUCCAGGGAGCCUGCCUCCACGCCUCAUCAGCCCCUGGCACCCCCCUCCGGACCCCUGGCUUAUGGGGGAGGAGCAGAGGGGAGGAAGAGGAGGAGUCCAAGCUCUUACAGAGGGAAGGCCAGCAAGCUGAGCAGGCCGGGCGGACUGGAGAGCCUCUUUGUGAAAGGAAACGACAUGGGGGGGAUACUGGCUUCGGGGCCCGAGUCCCCAAGACAGGCCAAGUUGCAUCACUGACAGAAACCUGUUUCAUGGACAGAAUGUUGGGCAGCUGUGCAGGCCACCACCGUUUGUGACCCCUGACCUCACCACUCUUCCACUGACAGCACCAAUCAGACUUCUACAUCUCGGCGAUGUCACCCCUGUUUACCCAAUGAUGGUUCAGUUCACCCGCUGUGACAUUGGGGCUCCGGAGUCUUUGCUCACAGUUGGGGCUGGCAGUUAGUUCCACUCUGCAUCCCUAGUUAUGGAUCGUUUGACGGAAAGCUGCCGUGCAUCACUGUGGUCGUGGUCUUUUCAGAACAAGAUGGUGUAAUCCAAAAACAUAUCCUCUGAAAAGGGAAUAUGCCUUGCAAAGUUUUUAAGGCAUUGUUAAUAAUACCACCACUGUACAAUUUUUG